AUGAAUUCCAACAAUCCCUUCUCGCCUCCGCCCGCGCCUCCUCAUAUUACACUGAACUCACCAAGUCAACGUCACCUUGCUCCACCGUCGCCAAAUGUUUACCAACAAAAUAGCGGCUCGCAAGAACAGCUAAUCCCGCCCCUCAGAAGGGGUGACGGCUCUCCCGCGCGGUCUCCAUUCGACGAUGCCAACACCACCUCCUCGCGACGAUCGAGUUGGCAGUCGGAAAGAACAGGCGAUAGCAGAGCAUUUCACAACCCUUUCGGAGAGGGAGAUGAUGACUCUUCGAGGCCAGCGUCCCGCAGUGGUAGCGAAGACGAUCUCAACACGCAGACGGUUUCGGAAAAGUACAACAUCACACCUUCAGCAGGCUUGUUAUUGUUUCCCGAAGACGUUGAAAAAGAUGAUUAUUUGCACAACCCCGAUCCUGGCGGCGAACCCAGAGACUGCGACAUCUUCACCCGUCGAGGUCUGGUCAAUGUCGGAGGUUUAGCGUUCAUCGUCUUAGGACUAUUAUGUUUGUUCAUCGGCUAUCCUGUCCUCACGUUUGUUCAAAGCUAUAUCUCCAAGACAAACCCCUGCGCGGGCAACAGUCUUUGCCUGGACUCGACUCAACCCCUGCUCAAAAACCUGCGAACAUCUCUGAUCGACCCAAACACUCCCCCAGAGGCACUGCAGAAGAAGGAUUUCCAUGGAAACACCUGGAAGCUUGCCUUCUCUGACGAAUUCUCUACCCCUGGUCGGCCUUUCUAUGAUGGUGACGACCCUUAUUGGCACGCGGUGGAUCUGUGGUACGGUGUGACAGAAAAUCUUGAAUGGUACGAUCCGGAUGCCAUUACCACGGACGAUGGCUCCCUGAAGAUUAGAUUCGACGCUUUCCAAAGCCACGGUCUCAACUACCGAUCUGGCAUGUUGCAGAGCUGGAACCAGAUGUGCUUCAAAGGUGGCCGGUUAGAGGCAAAACUUCAGCUUCCAGCCAGCGGCGACACGGUGGGACUCUGGCCUGGUUUCUGGACAUUGGGCAAUCUUGGCAGGGCAGGUUAUGCAGCAACAACUGAGGGUAUGUGGCCGUAUUCAUACGAGGAUAAAUGCGAUGCUGGCAUCACCCCCAAUCAAAGCCAGUCAGACGGCAUUAGCUGGCUCCCAGGUAUGCGGCUGCCAGCCUGUACCUGCAAAGGCGAAGAUCAUCCCACGCCUGGAAAGUCGAGGUCAGCCCCGGAAUUGGAUGCUCUGGAGGCCACCAUUGCUCCGUAUGAUGACUCUGGCAACAACAUCGGCCACGUUUCUCAGACGUUUCAGGUAGCGCCCUUCGAUAUCUGGUACCAGGCCGAUGGCGAUUGGAUGGAAGUCUACGACUACUCUAUCACCCGGAUCAACGAGUAUAAAGGAGGCCCUUUCCAGCAAUCCAUCUCAGGGCUCACAAACCUGAACAACGACUGGUACGAGAACCGUGGUGGAUGGCAGGUCUAUGCGUUUGAGUACAGCCUGGGCGAUGAUGGCGACGUCAUAUGGUACGUUGGCGAUGACACUCCAGUGUGGCGAACUCACGCCAAUGCCUUUGGACCCAACGGAAACAUUGGCCGCAGAAAGAUCCCGGAGGAGCCGAUGUAUGUCAUCCUCAAUGUGGGAAUGUCACCAACUUUCUCGGCCCUCAAUCUGACCCACCUCACUGAGCAAUUUCCAGCUACGAUGAGCGUCGAUUAUGUUCGCAUCUAUCAGGACUCUGAUGGAGAGCUGACCUGCGAUCCGGAAGGCUAUGAGACGACUGGGUACAUCGCAAACCAUCUGGACGUUUACACCAAUCCCAACAUCACAAGAUGGUAA